GUAUCCGAAUUUUUCUUUUUUUUCUGCAUAGAGGCUAGAGCUUUCGUCGUUCCACCUUUGCGCGCUUGUACGACCAGCAAGCUCUGUCCGCCAUGUCUUCAAGUACUCGCGACAUUUAUUUUGUUAUUGGAGGCAGUGGUUUCCUCGGAAGACAUAUUGUCGAGGCUUUGCUCGCGAGAGGAGACAUUGUUUAUGUCUUCGACGUUGUACAGAGGUACCACGAUGUCCCCUUCUUCUCUGGAGAUAUAAGCGAGGGAGAGCAAGUUGCGGACGCACUUAGAAAGAGUGGUGCUACUUGUAUCAUUCACACCGCGUCUCCCGCUCACGGACUGGAAGAUCCCGCACUCUACUGGAAGGUUAAUGUCGACGGCACAAGGGCUGUUAUCUCAGCUGCACAAGCUGUGGGUGUGCGGAAGUUGGUGUACACGAGCUCGGCAGGUGUUGUAUUUAACGGUCAGGAUCUCAUUAACGUGGACGAACGUGUACCCUACCCUGCGAAAGCCAUGGACGCCUACAACGAAUCAAAGGCUAAAGCUGAAGCCAUGGUUCUGGAGGCGAAUGGUGUGAAAGGCCUGCUUACGGUCGCUUUGAGACCAGCAGGUAUCUUUGGACCUGGUGACCGACAAGUCAUGGCUGGUCUACGUGACGUCUACGAAAGUAACCGCACUCACUUCCAAGUCGGCGACAAUAACAACCUUUUCGACUGGACUUACGUUGGCAAUGUUGCCCAUGCGCAUCUCCUUGCUGCUGACAAGUUGAACCUAGAACCUCCGUCAGAAGAGUUGUUAAAUCAUCGUCGAAAUGAGUUCUCUUCAACUGCACUUCCGCCUAUCUCCGUUACUACAGGCCAACAUCGUAUUCCUACUUCAGAAGCUCGGCCAUUAGGUCCUUAUGUGACUCCGCCGCCUGACGCCGAGAAACUGGAGUCAAAUUGGAGAGAUCCCGACUACAAAGCCUCAGCACAACGUCCAUCGCGACGUACUCGCUUCGAUCAGUUCUCAGAGAAUGCUCUUGAACGAGGCGACGCUCCUUUGUCAGUGGCCGGACAAGCUUUCUUCAUCACAAACGGCGAACCCAUUUACUUCUGGGAUCUCCCUCGCCUAGUGUGGUCACGUCUUGACCAGUUCAGAGGCGAACAUCGGACACAGAGGAAGCGGAUUGUGCUUUCGAGGGAGGUCGGGUUAGCUUUAGCAGGCGCUGCUGAAUGGUGGGGUUGGCUUGUUGGCAAGCAGCCUACAUUCACUAGGUUCCGUAUCACAUUCAGUUGUGCUUCUCGUUGGUAUAACAUCGAGAAGGCCAGGCGGUUGCUGGGCUAUGAGCCAAUAGUCGGCAUGCAGGAGGGCGUUGAUAGGAUGCUCGAUGUACUGGUAUGUUUCACAGCAAAAGACCGCCACAUGAAGGUCACGCAUUUGAUCCCAUUCUCCUGAUACCCGCAGCUACGUUGUUGCUCGACAUUCUUACCUUAUACUACAUCUCAAUAUCAUUGGUUGCUGGAUUUCCUGGAUUACUAUGGUUUGCGAUGUAUGUACCGUUGUGCAAGCUAAUGCAUUUGCAACUCGCCUUGAGGGUCUGUGGGUGAUUUGCGGCCCGCUGAAAUGUCACUUAUCGGGGUCUUGGAGAGGUAUUGGUCAGCCUGUGUUCGGAAGUCCCAAUUCAGUGACUGUUUGCUUCAGUGACGUGAGCGUUGCUCUC